CCACGCUCAAAUAGCCACAACGUGCUACAAAACAAAGCAGUCAAAAAUACUCACUGGCCGAUGGCGAUAAAAGAGACUGGAGCCGACUAAUUAAAAGACGAGUUAGUACUGGAAUCUGGUACUUUACAAAAUGGCGGAUAAUUCAAGCGUACCGCCGAUUUGGUGUGAUGUCGGUAAGAACUUUAAUGCUACUUAUUUAGUGGUUAGUUUGGGACAUACUGCGAGAAGGAAAUUCGCUAAUAGCGGUGAUUUAAAGAAAAAGGUUAAAAUUUGUCCGCAACAUUUGGAGAUCAACAGCCACGUGGUCAGCGUAGAUACUAUGGACAAGAUACAUGGCGAUAACGUUUCUGUGCAUUUUCCUGUUUCUUUCAGUGUGAUACCCAGGAGUGUAAGUGGCCUUUCAACAUGUGGGAAAAAUGAGAUUCAAAUGAGGCUUGGAUUUGAACAUCAAACAUGUCAUGAAUCACAAGAGGGAUUUACAAAGAGAAUUUUGAAGGAGGAAUUAAGAGAAUUGAGGAAGGGCUGUCACAGUGUUUGUUGCCGCAUGUGUGGUGCAUCCAUUCUUUCUCCAGAAAUACAGUUUGACAGAGUUCUUGAGUUGCCUUCUGAAAACUGGCUCAAACUUGCUCAGGACUGGUGUUGUCAUGGAACAAGUCAUCUAACAUCUGCUGCAGGGGUUCUUGAACCAGGUGAAAAGGACUGCUUUGUUGGAGAAUACUACAUCAAAGUGCACCCUUCAACUAUGGAACCUAGAAGACUGCAGUUUGCACCAGGCAAUGAAGAUCAAGUUAUAGAGUGUUGCAGAUGCAAAACCACUCUGGGAUGUAUUCGUGCAGAUUCUGUGGUGAUGGAUCUUAGUGAUGUAGAAUCCAGCAUUUAUCUUUACAAGCACACUGUUAGCCUACGAUUCAGUAACUUGUUCAGGACAUAUUGCAUGGAAACAUUUCUUUCAAGUUGCUUGACUUCCAAAUCACAAGGCACUGCAAACUUUCGAUUUUUAAUUCAAGAAUCCAAGCAGAAUGGUGGGAUACAAACACAUGCCUGUCUUUGGCUUUUUAAUGCUGAUGCUGCGAUGAUAACGAAUAUCGAACCUGGAACUUUAUAUGGUUGUUACAGUAAAACUGGCCUUUUUUCUGUUCGCAAUACAGCCAGAUACCUGCAGGUGGUGAAAAUUCUUUACAAACUUAAGCCACCCCUAGGCACUGAUUGGGAACACGAGGUAGAUUCUUGGCGGAACAACCCCACGGUUCAACUGUUAACGUUUCCAAAGGAAACUUGUCUGCAUCUUAUUCUUUUGCUUAUGAAGAGUACAACGGCAGUAGCACCUACCAUGCGAGAAAUAAAUGGAUUUAAGGUUGGAUACCUGAAGACAUUGAACAAUUGAAUUUCCUCUAGUUAGGCUUGGCUGGUGAGAUAUGAUCCUGAAAGGGGGGAGGAACUUAAAAUAUCACAUUGUUAUUUCUCUUUAAGUACAUAAAACAUACAUUUCUCGCCUAAAGAAAAUCAUUUUGCUGAGAAAUCGCUCGAUGACUCAUCCUUGCUAUAAGAUAAAUUGCUGAGGCGAUAUUCCGUAGGAGUGAUGUUAAUUUAAUGCAUUUUGAUUGUGUGUCGCGUGCUAUCCGUUACACCGUUGUUGCGAUAUUUCGCUAGAACGGUAAACAGUCGUUUCGCCUACUAGGAGUUUUGCUAACGACCAGUUGGCCAACAUUGUAGGUCGUUUCGCCAACGUCACAGGUCGUUUCACCUACGUCUCAUGGGUCGCUUCGCUAGCAUUUUACAAAAUGCUUAAUAAUUUUUAUCAGCAGAACUUGAUCGACUUCUAAUCGACCGAAAAGCCGUAGAGGAGUUAGUUCGUUUCAAUACAAAGUGAAAAUUAAUUCGAUACAAGUCCAUUCAAGACAAACUGAACUAGGAGAUUGGCGAUAUCUCAGGGAAAUAAAGAACGAUAUUCAGAAAUAAUCGUCACCGUUACUUUUGCAUACUGCAGUCAUCACUUUUUUGUUAUUAAGGAAGUAGUUCGACAAUUACCAAAAAAACUGUUUUUAUUGGCAAUGAAACAAAUUGAAGUAAGGGUACUUUUUUGACGAAAUCAGUGGUGUUUACGAGUCUUCUUUGCCUCGUCAUUGCUUGCUGGACUUCCCGCUAGACAUGGUGAAUCCUUAAUCUGUGGGGAGGUUACAUGUGUAAGGAAUAUAAAAAAUAAAUAAAAUCGUCCUCCACGUAAAAUUAUAAAUGUGUUGAGGUAAAAAUUAAGUAAGCCCAGUGUUUUUAAACAAAACAAAAAUUAAGCAGUUAUUAGAUAAUAAAUGACAAAAAUGGACAAUUAUUUAAACGCUGACCAUCAAGCAGAUAAGUAAAUAAGGAAGAGGGAAAGUAACAGCGCUGAAAACGUGAGCCAAGACUAUUUUGAUCUUUAAGUUUUAGAUCACUGGGGAAGAAAACUAACUCAAAGGUCACAAAUGUUGAUGCAUAAAUCAUUAGCGGAAACUAAGAAUUCGCAAUAACAAAUGUCGCUUCUUAUCUACCCUGCUUUACGGCUUGAGAUAAAGCGACUUAAAAGCUUAAUGUUCAUGCAUCAAUCUGUACGCUGAUACUAUUAUUCCUAGCCAAUAGAUCCUUUAAGUUUAAGAGAGAAGAGGAAAGGGCCACCUAUAUUCUUUUUAAUGCGAUGCAAGUCUUCUUAUUUCGUCUUAGUUGCGCCUUAUGUCUUUGUGUGUUUUCUUUUUAUUAACUUUUUCCGAGUCAGAUUACAUGAAGUCGUAGUAUUCAAGUAUGGUUCCUGAACUCCAUGUGCUGGGCGGGGAGAGGUGCUUAAAAGGUAAAGUGUCUCGAGUUUCAGGAGUUCAUCCUCUAGGCCACCCAACCUGUGUUACGAGACACCUGCUUUUGAUCAAAUUUACCUUAAAUUCCAUAUUUGGUGUCAGGAGGCAACACACCCGUGGCUUCCAUGCGGGGGUCCUCCGGCUACUUGGGCUGCAAGUAGUGUCAUCUUCAAGUUUGAUAAAAUUGUUGGGGCACUCUUCAUUUUCUGCAACAAGACAAGCUGCCCAAGGUGUGUCGGCGAUGCCAGAAGAGCCACACUUACAAUUCACCUGGUGAUCUGAAUCAAUCAAAAGUGGAAAUGUUAUAACAAUCAAGAUAGAAUGAUAGAUAGAAAUUAUGUGAUAGUGAACCCAGGUUGUCUGCUGGGCCGCUUAAUUCUUAGGUUUAAUUAUUUAAACAAAGUUUAGCCAUUGUUUCACAAAAGCGCGUCCUUAACAAUCCUCAGUGUAGCUGAAUUUUUUUAUCUGAACAUCUGCUUUUGCGAACAGUGUAAGGAGGACCGAAAGCUUACAGUGGAAGGACAUUCAUUUAAUUAGAUCGAUCCUCUGGUUUUUUUUUUUUUUUUUUUUUUAAUUGAAGACAUCUUAUUAGUUUCCAUCAGCGUGAUUCACCAGCUCGAUGUCUUGUCGAAUUUAUUCAGAACCCCAGUCAGAACAUUUUUAAUGGAAAAAUGCAGUCUAUUUCCUUCGUGCUGUUCGCCAGGAAGGAUCAUCAAAUAGUGUUAAACUCAGGAGUAUUCUUACCAGAGAGAAAUGCGGCGACAAAAAGCAAAAGAGAAGUUAAGUGGAAGCAAGUAUUCAUCUUUUCUGUCCGCUGAAGACUAAAGUUGAAAAAGCGAAUAAAGGAAAAUAUUAAGCACUUUCUACGACUGUGAAAGAGGAAAAUAAAUGGAAACAUGCACCAAACUUUUCCCUCAUGACAAGCACUUUCAAAACGCGAAUUAAUAAGCUUUUUGGACACGCUCCUGUCAACAUGAUCCUGUUUAAAGGCAUAAAUGCUAACCCAAUUUAAUUUUUCAAAAAGAAGGUAACAUUUUCUUUAUCAAACUUUUUAAAUUUCAGAAACUGAAUGGAUUAAUUGAGGAUGAAACGAUAAAGUAAGGGGUAUUUGCCAAAUUUUUUCCCAUGAUGCGUUUGACUGCAACAAAACUUACCGAACAAAAGGGUUGAGAUAUACUCACGAAAAUGAUAGACCCACCUUUUGAGUUCUUUACGACAAUAUUGAAAAUAACUUUUCGUGUAGCAGUGUACCAAACAACUACAUGUAAUGUAUUGUGUAGUGAUUCAACUGAACGCAUUUGUUACCUCAGAUAUCUCAUUAAAUUUGCUGACAGAA